CGCCCUCCCGGGCCGCAUUCCUCCCCGCCCCCGGCCGCGCGCCCACGCGCUCCCUCCGCCUCCCGGCCCCCAGCGCCGCGGAGCCCGGCUCUGGGGUGGGGGAGCCGUGGCCGCCGGCGCCUGCUCCGUCCCCUCCCACUCGCACGGCCCCUUCCUCCCUCCUCUCCCGGCCGCUCGCAUUUCCUGCCGCUCUGGCUCUCCCGGCCCCUCAAAGUUCUUUCCAACUUUUUCUCCGCGGAGUGAGCGCAGCGGACGCAGACUCGGGGGCAGGUUGCUGUGCUCCUCCGGGCUCAGCCGCCUGCUCUCCUGGCUCAGGUCCUCGGGGAGCCCUAGACAGACAUCAAGUGGCCACUGGCGCUGUUUCCCCUCCCAGCUGAGCCAUCCUCCCUGGCCUCCUCGGGCGGGACAGCCCCGUGCUUAGGUUUUUCUCCUUUUCUCCCCCGGUGCGCCUCUGCUCGGACUCUCGCGUCGGGAUCGUGGCGGAAACCUCCCUCCCCUUUCGCCUUCUGCGGCUCCUUCCCUUCGCCCCUCCUCCGCCAGUCACUGGAAUCAAUUCCGUGGGGAAUCGGGGCUCCGCCGCCGCGAAGGACAGCCUUUCCGCGCGGGACUCCGGGGCGCCACGGGGGCCAUGUAAGCAGCUAUCUUCCAGAGGGCCACACUGGGCAUGGACACCCUUUUCCCUGCCUGGAGGAGCACAGGUGAUAGUGUAAUUUUCCAGUCACGAAACUGCUAAGGCCAUCUCAGGGGCGUGUGCGCCAGGAUAGGAGGGCGGCGUCCGAGGACCACAUAGCCAUGCCUUUUGGUCUGAAGCUCCGCCGGACACGGCGCUACAACGUCCUGAGCAAGAACUGCUUUGUCACACGGAUUCGCCUGCUGGACAGCAAUGUUAUUGAGUGCACGCUGUCGGUGGAAAGCACAGGGCAAGAAUGCCUGGAGGCUGUGGCCCAGAGGCUGGAGCUGCGAGAGACGCACUACUUUGGCCUUUGGUUUCUCAGCAAGAGCCAGCAAGCACGAUGGGUGGAGCUGGAGAAACCUCUGAAGAAACAUCUGGACAAAUUCGCUAAUGAGCCUUUGCUUUUCUUUGGAGUCAUGUUCUAUGUGCCAAAUGUGUCAUGGCUUCAGCAAGAGGCCACAAGAUAUCAGUAUUACCUGCAAGUCAAAAAAGAUGUGCUUGAAGGGCGAUUACGAUGUACGUUGGACCAGGUGAUUCGGCUAGCCGGCCUAGCUGUGCAAGCUGAUUUUGGGGACUAUAAUCAGUUUGAUUCUCAAGAUUUCCUCAGAGAGUAUGUGCUAUUUCCUAUGGAUUUGGCCCUGGAAGAGGCUGUUCUGGAGGAGCUGACCCAGAAGGUAGCCCAAGAACACAAAGCCCACAGUGGAAUCCUGCCAGCAGAAGCUGAACUGAUGUACAUCAAUGAAGUUGAACGUUUGGAUGGAUUUGGACAGGAAAUCUUCCCUGUAAAGGACAAUCAUGGGAACUGUGUACACCUUGGCAUUUUCUUUAUGGGGAUUUUCGUGAGGAACAGAAUUGGAAGACAAGCGGUAAUAUACAGGUGGAAUGACAUGGGGAAUAUCACUCAUAACAAGUCGACCAUUCUAGUGGAGCUCAUCAACAAAGAAGAGACUGCCCUCUUUCACACGGAUGAUAUCGAAAAUGCCAAGUAUAUUUCUCGGUUGUUUGCCACACGACACAAGUUUUACAAACAAAAUAAAAUCUGCACUGAACAGUCAAAUUCUCCACCCCCCAUCAGACGCCAGCCCACCUGGAGCCGGUCCUCUCUGCCCAGGCAGCAGCCGUACAUCCUGCCUCCCGUUCACGUCCAGUGCGGUGAGCACUACUCGGAAACGCACACCUCGCAAGACAGCAUUUUUCAUGGGAAUGAAGAAGCCUUGUAUUGCAACUCUCACAACAGCCUGGACUUAAAUUAUUUAAAUGGCACUGUCACCAAUGGCAGCGUGUGUAGCGUUCACAGCGUCAACUCCCUCAACUGCUCGCAAAGUUUCAUCCAGGCCUCCCCUGUAUCCUCCAACCUCAGUAUCCCUGGGAGUGACAUCAUGCGGGCCGACUACAUCCCGAGCCACCGGCACAGCGCGAUCAUCGUGCCCUCGUACAGGCCAACCCCCGAUUAUGAGACAGUCAUGCGCCAGAUGAAGAGGGGGAUCCUGCAUACAGACAGCCAGAGCCAGUCUCUGAGAAACCUCAACAUCAUCAACACCCAUGCCUACAACCAGCCAGAGGAUCUGGUGUACAGCCAACCGGAGAUGCGGGAGAGGCACCCCUACACUGUCCCUUAUGGGCCACAGGGGGUCUACAGCAACAAACUUGUCAGUCCAUCUGACCAGAGGAACCCAAAGAAUAAUGUGGUACCAAGCAAGCCGGGGGCAAGCGCCAUCUCGCACACGGUGAGCACCCCAGAGCUGGCCAACAUGCAGCUGCAGGGCAGCCAUAACUACAGCACGGCCCACAUGCUUAAGAACUAUCUCUUCAGGCCACCGCCCCCCUACCCACGGCCACGACCUGCCACCAGCACCCCAGACCUGGCCAGCCACCGCCACAAGUACGUCAGCGGCAGCAGCCCGGACCUGGUGACCCGGAAGGUGCAGCUCUCGGUGAAGACCUUCCAAGAGGACAGCUCUCCGGUGGUUCAUCAGUCUCUCCAGGAGGUGAGCGAGCCCCUCACGGCCACCAAGCACCACGGCACGGUGAACAAGCGCCACAGCCUGGAGGUGAUGAACAGCAUGGUGCGGGGCAUGGAGGCCAUGACGCUCAAGUCGCUCCACCUCCCCAUGGCUCGCCGCAACACGCUCCGGGAGCAGGGACCGCCCGAGGAGGGGUCAGGCAGCCACGAGGUCCCCCAGCUCCCUCAGUAUCACCACAAGAAGACCUUCUCUGAUGCCACUAUGCUGAUCCACAGCAGCGAGAGCGAGGAGGAGGAGGAGGAGGCUCCAGAAUCGGUGCCCCAGAUCCCCAUGCUCCGGGAGAAGAUGGAGUACAGUGCCCAGCUGCAGGCGGCCCUGGCCCGCAUCCCCAACAAGCCCCCGCCUGAGUACCCCGGCCCAAGGAAGAGUGUGAGCAAUGGGGCUCUGAGGCAGGACCAAGCCAGCCUUCCUCCCGCCAUGGCCAGAGCCAGGGUGCUGAGGCAUGGGCCAGCCAAGGCCAUCAGCGUGUCUCGGACUGACCCGCCGGCUGUCAACGGGGCCUCUCUCGGCCCAUCCAUCUCGGAACCCGACCUGACUAGUGUGAAGGAGCGGGUCAAAAAAGAGCCCGUGAAGGAGAGACCUGUGUCUGAAAUGUUUUCCCUGGAAGACAGCAUUAUAGAGAGAGAGAUGAUGAUCAGGAAUCUAGAGAAGCAGAAGAUGGCAGGCCUGGAGGCACAGAAGAGGCCGCUGAUGUUGGCAGCAUUGAACGGGCUCUCGGUGGCUCGAGUCUCAGGGCGGGAAGAGAAUCGAGUUGAUGCCACCCGGGUUCCCAUGGAUGAGAGGUUCAGAACCCUGAAGAAGAAACUAGAAGAGGGAAUGGUGUUCACAGAAUAUGAGCAAAUUCCAAAGAAAAAGGCGAAUGGCAUUUUCAGCACAGCAGCUCUGCCAGAAAACGCCGAGCGCAGCCGAAUCCGUGAAGUUGUCCCCUAUGAGGAGAAUCGAGUAGAGCUGAUACCAACCAAAGAAAAUAACACAGGAUACAUUAACGCCUCCCACAUCAAGGUGGUGGUUGGCGGGGCAGAAUGGCACUACAUAGCCACCCAGGGGCCUCUGCCACACACGUGCCACGACUUCUGGCAGAUGGUGUGGGAGCAGGGAGUGAAUGUGAUUGCCAUGGUCACUGCAGAGGAGGAGGGUGGGCGAACCAAAAGCCACCGAUACUGGCCCAAACUGGGUUCAAAGCACAGCUCAGCCACCUAUGGCAAGUUCAAGGUCACCACGAAGUUUCGAACGGAUUCUGUUUGCUAUGCAACCACGGGCUUGAAGGUCAAGCACCUUUUGUCUGGGCAAGAAAGGACAGUGUGGCAUUUACAAUAUACUGACUGGCCAGAUCACGGCUGUCCAGAGGAUGUCCAAGGAUUUUUAUCCUACUUGGAGGAGAUCCAGUCGGUCCGUCGCCAUACCAACAGCAUGCUGGAAGGCACCAAGAACCGGCACCCGCCCAUCGUGGUCCACUGUAGUGCUGGGGUGGGAAGGACCGGCGUGCUCAUUCUUUCUGAGCUGAUGAUCUACUGCUUGGAGCAUAACGAAAAGGUGGAAGUGCCCAUGAUGCUGAGGCUCCUCAGGGAGCAGAGGAUGUUCAUGAUCCAGACUAUCGCUCAGUACAAGUUUGUCUACCAAGUCCUCAUCCAGUUCCUCCAAAACUCCAGACUCAUUUAAUCACCCCAAUCCAGCUCCUGGAGGAGGGACCCAGCUCCAUCGUGCUGGAGGAGAGUCACCUCCAGACAACAUCUGCUCCCCCAACAGGGGUGCAGGUGGCUGGCAGCAAACAGGCUCUCUGAAGACAGUAGCCAAGAUUAUUCACACAUACCAUGUAUUAUUUUAUAUGAGAUAAUUUAUUUUUUUCCCCUUUGGAAUAACUUUUGUGAAUUAUUAUAAUGCAGUUUCCCUAGUAAUAUAGUACUUUUCAUUUGAACCACAUCUUGACUGAUCUGUAUUGUAAUAUAUGUCAGCAGGUAAGGUUGCCUGCUGGAUCAUUUUGAGGACAGAGGCAUGAGGGAGCACAUCUCUUGUGAAGUUGCAGCCAGAUUUGUAACCAACCCUGAAAUUCAUCAGCUUAAUUCAUUUAUCAGCUUGAUUCAUUCAUCAUUCAUUGCUUAUAUCCAAAGCAAAGACGGUAAGAAAAUGAAUUCAUCCUGAAAUAUAAAGAAAAGGGUCUGAAGGAACAAACACGAUUCUCUUAUAUUUUGGGGCUCAUGAGCCUUGAUAGACAGUUGCCUCUCGUCUUCAUUUCCACCCCUCAUCCUCAGUAGUCUCCUCUCCUCCACACCCCACCCCAACUCCCCCCCGCCCAAGCUUGAGUUAAAGACAGAAGAGCUAAAGACAGUGCUGCCUUUACAGUGCAGUAAUUGCCAUCUUUGGGGCCGAAAGACAAGCUCUGUGUUGUGCUUUUCUUGACCACCCCUUAUUCUGGGCUCUGGAGCUUGUGUUCCCUGCUGGCGACUGUACCUUGGGUAUUUGUUGCUACCUCUCCCGCUUGCUCAGUAGGACCCUGUCUGGUGGCAUUGAGGCUCUGGACCAGGCCAUCUGUGCAGUUAAGGCUCUACCCUGAUUGAGAGAGGAUAGCAGACCUAGAAAGAGAAAGGAGUUGGGCAGGGCCUUUGAGGAUUGUGUUUUUCAGGCAGGGCCUUGUUGAUCAUUGUUUUUUAUUUAAAUAAGAUGUGUGUGCUGGACAGAGACCUAAAAGUUGAGGUCACUAAGUCAUUGGAAAGGCCAUCAAGGAAACAGAUGGGGAAGCUGAUUUAUGGGAGCUGUAUGGCAUUUAGCUACAUAACAGGGGUCCUGGCCAGGAAACACAUCAAAUGUGACUCCCACUGUGCUGGUAUCAUCUUCAGGCUUUGGUCUGCAAGAUCAGAAUUAAUCCGACUCGGGACCCCAUAGUCCAAACUUGGGGCCACUUGAUGAACGAUGGUAGAAUUGUCAUUGGCAAAGCCCUGUGCUUCUUUCCUUUUCUUCAUAAAAUCCACUCUGGUCAGUUAUCUUCACUUUGAAGCCCAGUUCUUAGUUUCUUCCUGUGGCUUCAUUGGUCAGUGUCCUUCUGAAUUUCCAAGGUUGGUACACAAUAAAUCAUGUUUUGUACUUUUUUCCUCUUACUGCAUUUUGGGGGAUUUAUCACUCUAUGUCUGCCUUUUCUUGAGUACAGCUUUGAUAUGCACCUGUUGUUACGUGGUGAUGGGAAGUCACAGGACGUGCUCUUUCUAGUUAAUUUGAUGCCACAUCUUCCUUGUCUUUUCAGCUUGGGAAAAAGGCGGCAGUGGAGGAAGGCAUGGAAUGCCCACAGUGGUCAGUUCAAAGAACAAACAUGUGCAAUUAAAAAACUGUAGUCAGCCAGGCACGGUGGUUCACACCUGUAAUCCCAGCACUUUGAAAGGCCAAGGCGGGCAGAUUGCUUGAGCUAAGGAGUUUGAGACCAGCCUGAGCAACAUGAUGAAACCCCGUCUCUACAAAAAGUACAAAAAUUAGCCAGGCGUGGUGGUAUGCCCUGGUCGUCCCAGCUGCUCAGGAGGCUGAGGCGGGAGGAUCACCUGAUUCUAAGAAUUCGAGACUGCAGUGAGCCGUGAUCUUGCCACUGCAGUCCAGGCUGGGCUACGGAGAGACCCUGCCUCCAAAAACAAAAAAGGAAAAAAGGCUGUCAAGAAAAACUAGAUGUAGGAGAAAGGAAAAUUUGAUUGCAGUUUUUUUUCUUAGAAUUGACUGCUGUGAGAGUUCCAUAUGCCUUUCUUCAUUGCUGCUUUUGUCCCCCCUGAGCUAAAAAGAUGGAGUGACAUCAAAUCAACCAGAAAAAGUAUGCCUUUGUGACAUCCCAUCACCACAUGCCAAGAGGUGUAUAUUCCCCAUUAAGUUCUUCGGAAUAGGAAUCCUCUGUUUCAACCUGGCCGGGUGUUGUGGUGGCUGUACUCUAGUUAGACUCAGAACAUCUGGGGAUGGAGGGCUUCCCCUCUGUCUUCUACUUCAAGGUCUGAAGACUCAGUGAAGGAGUAUAAUCUGCUGAUCUUUGUAGAUUCUGGAGUUUUGUUGUAUGUCCUGGAAAGAAAACCAUUAGUAUUACAUGUAUUUUCAGUGAACAGAGCUUAUAACCCUUAUUAUAAGAAGCUCAUCAAUAAGCAAAAAGAUACUUGUUUCCUUUCCUUGGAGGUUUUUCCAUCCUUGGGAUAUUCUACUGUUAGGGAUGUUUUAGCAAGUGGUCUCAGUUACUGGUUUAUUGCAUGAUGAACAACAUCAGUAUUUAUCUUUUAUCUCUAAGCCCCAAGGUGGGCACUGUUAGAAUAUGUCUCAUGUGGACAGCAUAUAGAUCUGGUGUGUCUUUGAGGUCGUCGGAGUUCAUGGGCUUCCUUGAAAUUCAUCCACUGUCCCUGCCGUAUGCUACGGGAAUAUUCAUUAGUGUACAAAAUGCAGGGAGGAAGUAGGUUUAAUAUUCAACUUUCUAGCCAAAGUUUAUAUUGAAACCCAAAAGAAAACAUUUAAGAGUUGUUCCACAUAUUUCACUUUUAAAAACAAAUGCCUUUGGUUCUUUAGCACAUUUUGCAUUCCUUUUCACAUCUCCAGUAAAUGCCAACAUAUCUCCUGUUAAAUUAGCAGCAGCCAUUUAAAGUCCUUUCGGUGGCAUCUGCGUAAUAAUUGCCCAGAGAUGCUUUAUAUCUGGGAAGCAAGCCAAGGAAUAAACCUUGAAGCAAAGUGUAUUAAAUUAGUUAUCUAGUUAGAGCUUUUGGAAUGAUUUCCUGAUGAUGUAUCAAGUCUGAAGCUGGAGCUGUCAGUGUCUAUUGCUGCAGUUUGGAUUUGAAGGGAGAAAAUUUAAAAUGGAGGAAAAAAAAGUUACCAUCUCACAACAAAGCCAUCAGACAUUUUCCAGCCGCUGUUUUCGAGGUUUUCCAAUUGAACUGUUUGGUUUCUUUCAUCCACACUCAUUUGGAUACAUUGACCCGAGGUAUUCAUCCUUGUUUACUGUGGUCCCUGAAUCAUGGGGGCUGAAUUUGAUGUCUUCAUCCCUGAGAUGAGCCUGCUGGCUUAGCUGAGGAAUGUCCUGCUGAGGUUUCUUUGGUUUCCUUGGGUUCUAAGGAUAUACUAGAUAUACCAUCUUUUAGCAAGAGUCUCUGGUAGCAUUUACAGAUAGCAUAGACAUUGGUAUGCACUUCUUUCCCCAGAUAGGAAGUAAAGGAGGAUUUAGUUGCAUGAAAAAAGGAUGUUAAACAUUGAUUACAUAGGAGUAAAGAUGAAUGAGCUGCUCUAUUCAGUCGGAGCUAAACAAUAAGAUCAGGGAAGGUAAAAACACCUAUAUGGAAUAUUUUGAAUCGUAAGCUUUUGAGGAGCUUAAAUUGAGAGAAUUUUACUUUUAAUUUUGUAGAUUGAAAAGAGGAACCACUUUUUAAAAUUAUAGCCAAACUGCCAUUGUUUUCCUAAGGGUCACUUGGCUAUCUCUGGCCCCCUCUUUCAUUAGCCUGAAGAGAGGGUCUUUGUAGACUGCUGAGGGUGGGCCUUGUAGGACUUGACCACGGCUUACACCUACUUAACCUUAUCCUGCUUUCUUUCAGCUUGUGCUUUUCAGUUAUAAACUCCAGUGGGUACAGCAGGCUGGCCUUUUCAUCCAGCUGAUUAUUUUUCCAGCUUAAUAUAGAUUGACCCAUAUGAAAUUUCCAAUAAUGGACCAUAUUUUCUGCGAAUAGACAGUAUUUGCAUGGAUCACCUAUAUCUUCCCCCUGAUACACUGUGGGUCCCAACACCAGAUGUCAUUUCUCCAGAGCAGUGCUAAUGAACACAAAAGGUAUACCCUGGGUGGCCCAGCUCUUUUUAUGAACCUGCUGCCCUGCUCAUAGUGAUCCUUGCAUCACUUGGUGAAUGGGCCGUCUCCUGGGACAUGGAAGUUGCAGAGGUAGAUAGUGCACUGCAGCUUCUCUUAAGCCGGAUUGGCCAUCAGGCAUAUCACUUUGGAGUUUUUAGCUGCUGUCCUUUCCCGAUGAGCAGUCUGUAUUAGCUGACCUCAGCCUACUUGUUACGUGAUGUAUGGGUCCCAAAAGUGUCCUUUGUCAAAAAGCAGAAUGUGCCUUCUAGUCUCCCUUUCCCCAUCUAAUGGUGUAUUCGAUGGUGAAGAUGAGUACAGUUGACCACCCCUAUCUGUGGGUUCCACAUCCCUAUAUUCAACCAAGUACAGGUUGAAAAAUAUUUGGGGAAGAGGGGAAACCCACAAAGUUCCAAAAAGCAAAAGUUGAAUUUGCCACAUGCUGAAUACUACAUUGAAUUCACACAAAUAAAGUGAUGUGUAGGCAUUGAGUUAGGUAUUGUAAAUAAUCUAGAGAUGAUUUAAAGUAUACAAGAGAUGUGCAUAGGUUAUAUGCAAAUACUAUGCUAUUUUAUAUAAAAGACUUGAACAUCCAUGGAUUCUGGUAUUCUCAGAGGGUCCUUGAUUGCCCCCUUUGGUAAAGGACAACUAUUUCGUUACUGAUUUUCGUUUGGGGAAGAUCUGUCAAUCCCUUGAGGUGGGGGGGGGGGGGUUGGGGGGAUGGAGGGUACAGGGCAUUCUAGGAUGUGUGCCAGGGAGCACAGAUUAAAGGGAUGGGAUUGGGUCAGACCUGUGUUCUUACUCAGUGUCAGAAAUAACUGUAUGGAGCUCCUAGAGUAAGAAAUUUCCGGAAGCACCACAUAAUUACUGUUGGGCUCUUAGGGUAGCCCUUUUAGGAAAUUGAGCAUUCCCAUGUUUUACCAACAAUUAUUCUGCUGCUGUGUUUUAUUAUAUUGCCAGUGGUUUUGAGACACUCAUCAUGCUCUUAUUUAGUGAUUUCUUUUCAUGAGCAGAGCAACAGCUCAUCCAGCAUGGUUUCCAAAUGGAGAAAUUUGGGUCCUCUGUAGAAACCACACAAAUUCUCUAAUGGCCUACAGCUUUAUGGUUGGCAAACUAGUUGGCCCUAUAGGGUGGAAAUAAAGCUGUAAGAUGUUAAACUGACUUUGAUACUUCUCUUGAACGCUGAGCAAGGAAGCAAAAUAGUUCUUGUCUUUACUUAAGCUUCUAAGACAUUUUGGGGCAAAGGACCUUACAGAUGGCGUCUGUUGAAAGUAACAGCAACAUGCCAGGGAGAAACGUGGGGGAAAUCUCGUCAAAUCCUGCCACCUCAAAUGUGUUGUCCAGAAGUCAGUGUUAUUCAGGGGGCCCUGUGAAACUUGACCACCAGCUUGCGCCACCAACACUCAGCCUUUAUCCAGCCUGCUCUCAGCUUUUGUGUUUCUAUUAGAAGCUCAGAUAGGUAAGUAUUUUUAUUCAGUAGACUACCUUUCUUAUCUUUCCAGCUUAAUAUAGCUGCAUCUUCUUUCUCAAGGCCAAACUAAGAUAUUCCCUGUUAAAAUGUCCAUGAGCCUAGCAUUGAGUGUCUGGCAUCCAUCAAUUUCAUAGACUGGAAAAUGAUUGUUGUUUGGUACAGUAAAGAGGAGGAUGUGCAUCAGUUCCUACCGUUUGGAGCUUUGUUUUUAGCCUUCCCAUUUUAAAAAUAAAUUCAAGGACAUUGAGUUACAAGGCAGGAGGGCUGGAGCUACUGGGCAGCCUGAAUAUGACAAGCAUUUGUGUAGAAAGUCAUUGCUCCUUCUGCCACACUUUGGGCCAUCAGGAUCAUUCUUUCUCAGAAGUGCCAUAAACUUGCUCAAGAGUUUCUAUAAAUGGGAAGAGGGAGAGGAAGGAUUUUUGCAUCAGUCCUGAAGUUGCUAUCCAAAAGUUCUCUGUUUCACAAAUAAUUUUCUGAAUUCUGGAAUGCCUCUCCUACUCCCUUUCUGUAAUGUCAGAGUGAUGGAAACCACCAAGUGGCAUGCUAGGGAAAGCCUGCAGCAGUGUUGGAGUCUAUUUCACCCUAGCUCAUAGUUUUAAACUGUCUUCACUGUUGAGGUAGAGCUUGAUGAAUGUCAUGGAUUAUGAUGUGUGGUUUAUCAUAUUUGCCUGGAUUUGCUGAUCAAAAGCACCAUCUUCCCUCGCCUGCUGCUGGCAGCCUUUCCUUGCCUUGCUUGUUAGCAGAGCAUUCUGCUUACGCAUGUGGCUCCCAGAGUUAGCAGCCCCGGCUCUUGGAUUUCUUGAUUCUUCUCCCCUGUGAUCUCAGAGGUGCUGCAGAGCACAUUCCCCUUUAGAGCAAGUCAUGUUUCUAUUCAGGCCACAAAACCGGGAUGUACAUGCAGUGACUUUUGUGUUCCUUGUCUUGUUCAGGAGAACGGGUGGGACUGUUGUGUGCUGUCACCCUCUUCAUUCCAUGAGCACCUUGUUCACUUAGGGUCUGCUGCCUUUUUUUUUUCUUUUUCUUUUUCUUUUUUUUAGUUUUUGAGAUCGUGUCUCGCUCCUGUUGCGCAGGCUGGAGUGCAGCCUCCAAAGUAGCUGGGAUUAUAGGCGUGCACCACCACACCCGGCUAAUUUUUAUAUUUUUAGUAGAGACGGGGUUUCGCCAUGUUGGCCAGACUGGUCUCAAACCUCUGACCUCGUGAUGACCCCCCUCGGCCUCCCAAAGUGCUGGGAUGACAGGUGUGAGCCACCACACCCAGCCUCUGCUACCUUUUCAUAUUUCCCCAUCUGCUUUAUGGAUCAACUCUCAACAGUACACUUUUUCUUUUCUUUACCUACCCUAUGAGUGCAACCCAGAUGAAAGAGUUAAACCUCGUCAGAGAAUCAUUGCCUUAAACCUCUCAGAAAUAUGUAAUUAGGAAAUCUUAUUUUAAUUUUUUAAAAAUUGCUUGUAUAGUUUCAAAGAAUAAGAUCUGGCAAAUGGCCAGAUGUGGUGGCUCACACCUGUAAUCAAGCCAGCACUUUGGGAGGCUGAGGCAGGCAGAUCACCUGAGGUCAGGCGUUCAAGACCAGCCUGGCCAACACGAUGAAGUCCCGUCUCUACUAAAAAUACAAAAAAAAAAAAAAAAAAGCCAGGCAUGGUGGCACAUGCCUGUAAUCCCAGCUACUCAGGAGGCUGAGGCAGGAUAAUUGCUUGAACCCGGGAGGUGGAGGUUGCAGUGAGCCGAGAUCAUGCCACUGCACUCCAGCCUGGGCAACAGAGUGAGACUUUGUCUCAAAAAAAAAAAAAAAAAAAUGAUCUGGCGGAUGAAAAUAACCAGAAUGAAAAUAGCUAGAAAACUCAGCAAGCAGGAAGCUCCCUUUCUCACCCUUUUGCUCCCUUGCCGAUAGAAUCAGUCACUAUUAGAAAAAAUGAAAGACGCUCUGUUUAAAACAAUGAUGACAGCAGUACUUAAUAUGUAUUUCGAGGUGAACUUAUAUAGAUUGAGAGAGGCUGCAUUUGGCAGACUGAUGUGUAGGAAGACCCAUUUGUUUCUAGCUUCUCCCUGCAGGGAGAAUGCUUUCGUCAUUAUAGCCUCUUUACACAGACUGGCCAUUCUAGUGAAACAGGUGGUAAACCUUUGGGCUGCCCAGAAACAUUUUAUCUGUUUUCACUUACCUAGGAAGGGGUAAGAUUAGUGGGUCAUCCAAAAUCUGUAUGUAAGCUAUCUUCAUUUUCUUCCCCAACCUUCUCCUCCUGGGAAACACAAAUGCUAUCUCAUCUGACAAAAGGUUUUAGAGGAUAAAGCUGAAAAGAUUGGAUUGGGAUCUUUUUGUGGCUUGGGGCGGAGCCUUUUGCUAAAAUCUCAAGAAUGCUGCUUUGAGUUUAGCUAGGGUGGCUCUCAGAGCUGGGGUGCCUGGCAUUCUCAGCAUUUCUCAGGGGCCUCCCACCUCUGACAACUGCAGUGUUAGCUAAUACAUACCUUGAGCAUAGAACUGAAUGCUGUAAUUCAGAGCCAUUUUCUUUUUCAACUUGAACAUUGUACAAUUUUACUGCAAUUUCCUUUGAACUUUCUUGCCACUGUUUGGAAUCUUAAAAAUUCAUUAGCCUUCUCCUUUCUGACAUAAAGUUACUCUUCAUCAGAGAUGAGUUCCUAUGUAUGUCCUUUGUUCCUUCAAUAGCUAAUUAAUGUGCUUGAGGAUACUUCCGUGGAAAAAAAGGUUUAAAUAUGCAAAUUACUAAUAAACGUGUAACCUUAUGUAACUUGUGUUACAUCAAGUAACAAGCUAAUCUAGUUUGUUUCACUGGACUAGGCUUGUGCUCCCUACUUCAGUAUUUUGAUGCUUUCCUUGAUCUUUGUUUCACAAAAUGUUGUGAAUUUUGGUAUCAUUCAAAACAAAUGACAUUUAUUAGGUUUCAUUUUGAAACGAUGUACAGACAAGUCCCCAACUUAGAAACCGGUUUGUUCUUAAGGUUCUUGCGUCAGCCCAUAGAAGCCCACUGACCUCCACCACAGCCCAAAUGGAGGGCUGUGAUAGCCAGAUCUCGUUGGCUUUUGUGGGCUGACCCAGACAUUUAAUCACCAUCUCUUAUGUUGUUGCUGUGAGAAAUGCAUUCCAGGUUGGGACUUGGGAUCCUGAGAGCACAUUCGCCCCCUGUGGUGGCCGCUUGCCACCUUGCAAGAUGGAAGCCCAGUCUCCUUACUACCAAACUGUAGUUGUAAGCAGAGGGAGGGGUGAGAUGUUUAUAGGACAUUCCCUAAGCUGGGGAGUGAUUUUUAUCAAUAUUCAUGUCAACUGUACUUUGGUAUAGACUCCCUAUCAAUUUAAUAAUAUGAAAAGCCUAAAAUAAAACUAUGCAUGCAAUUCUAUGUGCUAUUUUAUAUCAGUAAAUAAGCUUAUGCUUGCCAGUUGUAUACACAGUUAUGAGGUGUAUAGAACUGACUUUGACAGUAUUUUUUGCACUGUUUCCUAUCCGUUUUUAUAAAGUCUUAUUUAGAUAUUGGACCUUGUUGAUGUUCUCACUGCCCUUGUGCUUGCUAUAAAAUGUUUCAUAUGUGCCUUUACAAAUGUGAGAUCUUUAUUCUAACCUUUUUUUGUAAAAGAUAUCUAUUGAUUUCCAUAUGCAAUAAACCUUUUUUUCAGAGAAAA